GGAUGAAUACAAACAGGUGAUGGUGGCUCCUUCAAACAUCUGAGACAUAACAAAACUACCAACACUCAUUGGCUUCUGUUUCUAAAUUCGGUUCUGAUGCAGGAAGAAAGUGUAAGAUAGUUCCAGCCUAAGCGUCGUUGUUUUAAAAAUGAAUUCAACAUGAGAAGAUUCUGAUUGUUUAAAAACAUCAUAUAUCGCAGCUACAGAAACUGCAUCUCACAGUCUGAUUUCAGAAUAAUUCAAAUGGCCUUCCCAUGGUCCAGCAUUAUUGGAUUAGGGAAACCAAAGUCUCAUUCAGACGGCAAUGAAUCAGAACCAAGAAACCUGCAAGAUGGUUUGCGGCAGAUCGGGACGCAAGCGUGGCAUAUUCUAGUCCAUGCAAAUAACAACAACAUUAGCACAUACGAAGAUGAUGAAUAUAAACAAAAAGAAUGUAUCAGAAGUCUGGUUGAAAUCGCCACAACCAGCGACAGAACAUCGAGGCAAGAUCAACAGAUGGUGAUGCUAAUACCCCGCACUGCCUCCAGACUCGCUCCGAUAAAAAGGAGUAAAACCUCCAAAUUAAACCAAGCUGUAAAGAAGAGCAGUGGUAGCAGAAUUGAUGGUGCCACAGAAGACACAGAGUUUGAACUGUGGGAUUCGCGGUUUAUGCUCCGCGGGGACCAUGAGCCAGAAAUUGGCUACAACCAUGCCAGGUGGGGUCCCCGCGGAUGGUGUAAGCCUUCAUGCAUCCCUAUAACAAUCAUACUGAUUCUUAUUGUGCUGGUAGUGCUUCUUCCAUUGAUGGAACAAAAGGAAGUUGAUUAUGCUAAGUCUUCUUCAAUAUCCUGUCCUCAGACUUGCAGAUUCAGCCUUGUGGAGAGCAUACCAGAAGGUUUAACUUAUCCAAAUAGCACUGUAAUACAUCCAUCAACCCAUGAUGUUUGGUUUGGCCUCAUCAAGUUGGCACAACAUUCAAUUGAAAUUGGUUCAUUCUACUGGACACUACGCAGUGCUGACGUCACUCCGGGAGACCCCUCUUCACAGAAAGGCGAAGAAAUUUUUCAAGCCCUUUUGACAUCAGGAAUGGAGAAGAAGGUAAACAUACGUAUUGCUCAGAACUUCCCUUCACAGUCACAGUCUGCUCUGGAUACAGAGAUACUUGCCAAGAAGGGUGCUGCAGAGGUUCGUAGUGUGAAUUUUCCAAAAUUGAUGGGUGGUGGAGUCUUGCAUACUAAGCUCUGGAUUGUUGAUGAGCAGCAUUUCUAUGUAGGUAGUGCCAACAUGGACUGGAGAUCAUUAACAGAGGUGAAGGAGUUAGGUUUGGCUGUCUACAAUUGCAGCUGUCUUGCUUCCGAUCUGGCCAAAAUUUUUGAGGUGUACUGGUUUCUUGGAAAUACUGAUGUACCUAUUCCUGCAAAAUGGCCAGACAGUUUAAGUACACAUUUUAAUAUUGAAACCCCAGUAACCUUGACAGUCAAUUCCAGUAGUAAAGCAGAUGUUUAUAUUGCAAGUUCACCUGCUCCUUUGUGUCCAAGUGGUCGCUCAACAGACAUUGAUGCCAUCCUUGAUGUCAUCUCAAAAGCUGAGCAUUUCAUCUACAUAGCUGUGAUGGAUUACUUUCCUUUGCAGAUUUAUACUCCUAAGCCAAGGUACUGGCCGAAAAUAGAUGACGCACUGCGGGCAGCUGCUGUUGACCGCCAUGUUCAAGUUCAUCUUUUGAUUAGUAAUUGGAAUCAUACACGCAAGGCAACUCACUACUUCCUUCGAUCUCUUGUUGAUAUUAGUGGAUCAUACCGUGGAGUUGUUGUAGAAGUGAAAUGGUUCAAAGUGCCUAGUACACCAGAGCAGGCAAAAAUCCCAUUUGCUCGUGUUAACCACAACAAAUAUAUGGUCACUGACAAUGCAGCAUACAUCGGAACUUCCAACUGGUCAGGAGACUAUUUUACUGAUACAGCAGGUGUGGGCAUUGUGGUGCGUGCUUCUCAAUCCAAGAAUGACACUUCUUCAAACCCUCUUCGUGAUCAUCUACAACAGGUAUUUGAAAGGGACUGGAAUUCUAGUUAUGCAUCCCCCUUGGUAGAGUAGUUAAUUUAUUAUCAAGUCACAUGUUGCCUUAAGGCAUUUUAAACAAACUGUGAUUGACGUUUCAACUGGUAAACCAUAUAGGGUACUAUAAAUACACAGACUGAUAUGAGACCUGCCUGAAAUGAAGAAGGCAUGUACUUGAGUUAUUCCAUCAGCAUACUUAUCCAGUAUAUAUCAACCCCUAACUGUCUACUGAGAUUAUGUGUUAUGUUACAGUAUUCAAACAUUCAAUAGUCUUGUGAGUAGAACACCAACCUUCCAUUUUAUAACCAGUGGUUUAAGUACCUGUGAGCAUAUUUCCUUAAGCUCUCUUGUUUAUCCUCAUCUCCAUCCAGUAUUUUUUUUCCAUUUUUUAAGUACUUAUGAUAUAGGCAGAACUUGAUUUUGAUGAAAGAAGCAAAUUUAAAAAUGAUAGUUUUACUGUUAUUUUAUGAAAAGCAUAAAAAUUGGAUGCAUAAAUUGUGCCAGUGUGAAAGUAAAAUUCCUGGGACCUGACAACAUGACCCUAGAAUAUUUUUUCAUACAGAAGUAUGAGUACUGGAGGAAAAAGAUUAAAGUUAAUUGAAAGAGUCUUUCAUUUAGUUUGUUGUAGUUUGAAGAUUUUCAUUUUAAGCAUAAGCAAUGUGAGAUAUAAACAAGGGAUUUUGUUUCUACAAUUGAGUUGUUUGGUGUUUCUGUUAAAAGGUGUAAUCUGUGAUUGUAGAGAAUAAUAUUUUGAUCUAUAAGUAUGCAAAAGAAAACUGAACAGUGAAUAAUUUGUCCCCUUUUAUGAGAUUUUUAUUAUAGGAUUCCUGUAUGAAUCCUAACCUGGAGUAUAACAUUAUUAAGCUUUAAUGAACCUUAGCAUAUGUUGGAAAAUAUUAUUUCAUAGCAUAUAUCAGCAAAUAGUGUUUGAUGUUGCUGUCUUAAGUUUCUUUAUUGUUUGUGAGACAGGGAGGUAUCUGUCACAGUUAAGUGAACUUGGCAUAAAAUUAUAUCUGGAACUUCAGUUUAUGGCAUACAUAAGUGAAAAAUAAAAGUAUGUUUAUUUUGUGCUUAUACUGAAGUUAUCUCAAUAUGGAAUAAUAUAAAAUCAUGCAUACAAACAAAACUGUUUACACUUGAAAGAACACUAAUGCCAAACGCGUUUUGACCUCACGAGGUCAUUAUCAGUGGCAAAAUAAAUUAAUUCAUAUAAUACAAUUCAAAAGACUGGUUUUCUACAGAGCAUAGAAGGUAUGUACUUUACAAAACCAUACUUAUGUAACACCUCACUGGAUGUUAAUUGCAGAGGAGUUGGUGUAUGAAAUUGAGUACUUGGCUUCUAUGUCCACUGGCCUGAUUGCCGUUGUUGGUCAAUGGUGAAUUGUCGUCAUGUCGUCUGUGCCUGUGAACUUCAGUGAUGUAUGGGCAUUACUGUCAGUUUUAAAAAUGUGCAGGUUAUAUACUAACUCUGAUAACCAGGGUGGGCAACUAUUGCAUGUGAAAUUUAUUUUUUCCGUUUCAGUUUUGUUUGUAUGCAUGAUUUUAUAUUCCAGUACACUGCACAGUAUGCAAAGUUUUAAUAUGGAAUAAUAGUUUGGGUUUUAUUUUUUGUGAUACAAUAGUGAAGCAAAACUACUUUUUAUUUUGUAUUUAUCUUCUCAUCUGUUCUUUCUAAUAUACUCAUCUAACUACUAUGUAUGUAAUUUAAGAAAUUCCUCAGCUAUAAAGUGCCUAUAACCAUAUAUCAAUAUAUUCCUGUGUUUAGCUGAAAUAAAGCUAAACCUCAUUACUCUGGACAUGAAAGUGGUGUCUAAAUGGCUCUUAUUACUGGUUAAUUUUGUUCAUAAAAUUGUGUGCCAAACAAAAACAGUGUAAUUACUUUUGAUGAAAUUGUUCUAGUUUAUGCAUAUUUUGCCUGUUUGCAAACACCAAUGUUUUACAAGAAUUUUAUAAAAUUUAUUUGUGUGUGUGUGUGUGUAUAUAUAUAAACUUCAGUUUUACAUCUGAAAUAAAGACAGAAUUGUGUUUUUCAGAAGUUUACAAGCACUUCACACCCUAUAUUUUGUAUUUGUCUAUUGCCAUGCAUAAAAGAAUCAUGACCCUUGACAGUGUCAUGUUAUUUGCAUGUAACACGUAUGCACAUGCCAAGACAUUUUCAAAUUUAUUAAUUGUAUAUUUCCAAUGCUAUUAUAAUCUUAAUGAGGAAUUAAAAAUCGUGUGUUUAAUCGGUGCAUUUAUUGGAAAAAUUGCCAUAAAGUCACACAGAAUUUAACUGUUUUAAGUUCAGCAAAAACAUUUGUGAUCGAGUUUUUAGAUUAUUUUUAAAUUGAAAACAACUCACAGGAAUUUUAUAUUCCAAAUAAUUUUUCAGAAGGCAUAGCUCAGUUGGUAUAGUGAUUGGUUGUGGGUUGGACAACAAGGGUUCAAUUCCUGACAAGCAGGGACUUUUCAUUGUCACCAAGUCCAGACUGGCUCUGAGAGACACCCAGCCUUGUGUCCAGUAGGUACUAGGGGCUGUUUACUCAAGAGUGAAGUGACCAGAAAAUAUGAAUUUUCACUUACAGUGCUGAGGUUAAGAAUGUAUGAAGCUAUACUUGUACUUCCCCUUACAUCUUCAUGGAGCAGUACUUCAUUAAGUGCUUUUUCUCAGUGUAUAUAAAUGUUUACCAGUUAUCAUGAAACUGAACAUUCUCACUCACUUAAGUACUAUGCAUAAUGUGUGUUUAAUACAUUAAAUUCUGUUAAUAUUUACUUUAAAUGGAAUGUUGCAUUUAAACUUCUAGUAAGCUUGUAAAUGAGUGAGAGUGACUAUACUGUGAGAUAAUACAAAUAUUUAUGUAAAUUGGCAGAAUAAACAAGUGCAUGAUCUCAUGUGUUGU